AUGGCUGUCUACAAGGUGACAGUGGCAACAGGUGACAUGGCAGAAGCUGGGACCAACAACUCCAUCUCCAUCACGUUGGUGGGCAGCUAUGGCGAGAGCCGUCAGACCACCGUCUCCUUCUUGUUCCUGCCAGGGAAGGAGAAGAGCCUGUCUGUGCACUGUGGGCAGGACUUGGGCCCCAUUGUCCUCAUCCGCUUGCAUAAGUGGCGUCUCUUCCUGGAGGACGCCUGGUUCUGCAAGGAUGUCCGUGUGACAGCCCCCAACGGCACCCUGUAUCGCUUCCCCUGCUACCAGUGGCUGGAGGGGGUCACCACGGUGGAGGUGCGGGAGGGCUCAGGGAAGAAGCUGGUGGACGACAAGCUGCAGAUCCUCAAGGAACAUCGUCAUGAGGAGCUGGCAGCACGGCAGGAGGCCUACCGGUGGAAGAACUUCGCCCAGGGCUGGCCCCGUUGCCUCAAUGUGGACUCCAUCUUUGAGCUGGACUCCAACAUCCAAUUCUCCCGCAUCAGGGCCAACAACUUCACUGGUUUCCUCAUCUUCCAAGGGGCCUCCCACUUUCUGUCAGGGUUCCUACUGAGGCGCACCUCCUGGAACAGCCUGGAUGAGAUGCGCACCAUCUUCUCCCGGACACAGGGCAGGGACAUUGUCCCUGAGUAUGUGGCCAAGCACUGGCAAGAAGAUGACUUCUUCGGUUCCCAGUUCCUCAACGGCAACAACCCCAUCAUCAUCCAUCGCUGCACCACGCUGCCAGUCAAAUUCCCAGUGACACCAGAGAUGGUAGCUGGCUCACUGGGAGGUGGCACUGACCUGGGCAAGGAGCUGCAAGAAGGUCGGAUUUUCAUUGUGGACUACAAGGUGCUGGAGGACAUCCCAACUGACACCAUUUAUGGGCGCCAGCAGUACAUAGCGGCCCCACUCUGCCUGCUUCAUCAGGGCACCGAUGGACUCCUGCGCCCCAUCGCCAUCCAGGUAGGGAUGUCCCACCCUAAACCCUGCUAUCAGGAGGGUGGCAAUGGUUCUAGACCACAAGGUGGUGUCCCACAGCUCAGCCAAACGCCAGGACCCUGCAACCCCAUCUUCCUGCCGAGUGAUGAUGAGUGGGACUGGCUGUUGGCCAAGACCUGGGUGCGCAACGCGGACUUCUACAGCCACCAGCUCCUCACCCACCUGCUGAGGACCCACCUGUUUGGGGAGGUCUUUGCCAUCGCCACCCUGCGCCACCUGCCCACCUGUCACCCUCUCUUCAAGCUCCUCAUGCCCCACUUCCACUUCACACUGCACAUCAACACCUUGGCCCGCAGUGUCCUCAUCAAUCGGGGUGGCCUCAUUGACAAGGGAUCAGGGGUGACCUAUGAGGGGCUGCUGCUGGUGGUGCAGCGAGGCCUGGAGCAGGUGACCUACACAUCCCUGUGCCUCCCCGAUGACAUCCUCCACCGUGGCAUGUCCCAUGUUCCCAACUACCACUACCGAGAUGAUGGGAUGAGCCUCUGGGAAGCCAUUGAGAGCUUUGUCACCGGCAUUGUGACAUUCUACUAUGGUGGGGAUGCAGCGGUGAGCGAGGACACCGAGCUUCAGGCCUGGGUGAUGGACAUCUUCACCAAUGGCUUCCUGGGCAGGACCUCUUCAGGUGUUCCCUCCUCGCUGCAGACAGUGGCAGAGCUCAUCAAGUUCCUCACCAUGGUGAUGUUCACCUGCUCGGCGCAGCAUGCAGCAGUCAACAACGGGCAGUAUGAUCUGGGGGCCUUUGUCCCCAACGCUCCGUCCUCCAUGCGCCACCCACCACCCAGCGAGAAGGGCCGGGCCUUCCUCCAGCACUUCCUUGACACCGUCCCUGAGGUGGCCACCACUGCCAACAUCUUGGUGGCCCUCAUUCUCCUCAGCUCCCAGCUCAAGGACAGGAGGCUCCUGGGACAGUACCCAGAGGAGUGGUUCACGGAGGCAGAACCCCGGCGGCUCAUCCGGGCCUUCCAAGGGCGGCUGGAGGAGAUCCGGGACCGGAUUGAGGAGAGGAACCACCUGGCUGAGCUGAGAUACAACUACCUGAACCCACUGGAGAUUGAGAACAGCAUCUCCAUCUGAGCAUAGCAGCUGCACCCGCUCAGCACGCGCAGCACCCCCAGCACUCCCAGCACCCUGCACCUGGGCACACUCUGCACACUCAGAACCCCACAUCUGGCCACCCCCAGCACCCAGCAACCCCAGUAUCUGGACAUCCAGCGCACCCAGCACCUCCAGAACAUCCAGCAUCUGGCACCUGGGCACUCCCAACAGACAGAACCACCAGCAUCUGAAUAUCCCACCCAGUACACCCAGCACUCCCAGCACCCCUUACAUGGCCAUCCCCAACACCUUUGUCACCCAGUAUCCCGCACUUGGACAACCCCAUCAAUCCCACAACCCCACAUCUGGAGAUUCUCAGCAUCUACUCCCCAGUGGCCUCAACACUUCCCACUCCAUUUUCCUCUCCCCAAUAAAUGCUAGCUGUCAAUCAAACCCUUGCUGCUUGUAUGCAUACCCUAAAACCACGGGGAUCCAGAGAGCCCCCACUCAAAGUGGGAAGCUGGACUGAGGCAACUGGGAGACAUGACAAAGUUGCCAGUGCUCCCAGUGCUUCCUCCCAGUGUUCACAGUGCUGAUCACUGGUGCCCAGUGACCCAGUGACCCUCUGCACUGAUCCCCUUGUUGUGGGCAGAGUGGGUGCUUCAGACUGAAGUUUAUUAGAGAAGCUCCUUUUGAGAUAUAAGGUACAGAAACGACCCCCAACACACCCAAAACCUACCCAGGAUGAUCCAGUUUUCUAAACUUCUCAGAACAGAAUGUGGGAGAGGCUGGAUCUAAUCCAAGUCCAGCUUCCUUGGCCUCCUCACAGGCAAGAUGCUCCAGCCCCACCUUGGAGGGCCUUCAUUAAAUCUUCUCAGGCUUACAGACAUCUUUUCUGUCUGGAAACCAAAACCAAGGCACAGUAACCUGGAUAAUCCACCUCCUUAGUCUCCCAGUCACACAGUCCAGGAUGCUCCUGGCCUUCCUUGCUGCCAGGGCACACGGCUGCCUCCUGCCCAGCUCCCUGUCCACCAAGACCUUUCCCACAGGGAUACUCCCAGCCAGACAGCUCCAGUUGGUGACUCUGCAGGGGCCGACACCAGCAUUUGUCCUUCUGGGAUUUUAUGAGUGUGUGGACUAAAUAUAUGCAGGUAACCAAGAUGGCCAAAAUCCAUGAAGUGUAAAGAGGAGAUUUAUUCUAUUGCCACACUAGCAAAACGAGGACACAUACAAUCCUAAACUUACUCGGUCUUAACAGGGGCAAAAAGCACACAUGCCAAGCCUGUUCCCCUUCCGUAACAUACCACAGGGCCUACCACAGGCACAUUCCUCUACAAAGCUGUACUUUUGCAAUCUCCGAGCUUCUUAUCUGUCUUCCCUCUCACCAGGAGGCCUAGGCCUGUAAGAAAUGCUUUUUAGGACUUUUUUACAACAUCCUGUUAUCUUCUGCAGAAAUUCCACUUCUCAAAGCAGGCAGAAAACACCCUAAAGCAACCACAACGAAAUUUCCCCCACCAAAUAUCAGCAUCUUUCAGCUUCAAGGUCAUCUUUGAGUGAAAAUAGUACUUAUUCUUAUUUUUUUCUUUCUUGCAAAAAAUCUUAUGUUUUUAACCCCUUCCUCCCUUCAGUGAGAUUCCUGCCAGUACAUGCAUUCCUCUUCCUUCAAACCCUUCACUGAAUGCAGAGAUCUGAGAGACCUUUCCAGUGAAGACUCAGGCAAAGAAGCCUGCACAGCACAAAAAGUUCACAGAAAUUCUUUGUCUGUUGCUGGCCUUGUCACCUCCUGUCAGCGUCUUCAGGGUGCGUGUUUGAAACCUGUCCUGUGACAUUGCAGCCCUGCUCCCUUCACAGCCCCUGUGCAGGCCCGGCCCAGGACAGGAGCACUGCGGGUGGGAACGGCCCCUGUGCCGCGGUGCCCACAGCAGCCCUGGGGCUCUGUGCCCCAUGGCCUCCCUGCUGGGCAGCCUCUGGCAGCUCCUGCACAGCCCCUGGCACCUGUGGGCCUGCACUGACAGCCCUGCCCCGGGCUCUGCCGGGCUCUGGGCCAGCAGAGAGGCCGGGCAGGGAUGGCCAUGGUUGGGAACAGGCCCUGAGCCCCACAGGAGGAUGGAGCUGGGCCACAGCCAAACUCAGCCCAGGGCAAACCUGCGCUGAACAGCCAGGGCUGGCAAGGCUGGGGACAGAGGCUGGCGGUGACAAAUGUCCUGGGCCCCCUCCCUGCUCUGUGCAUGCCACCAAGGGCACAGAGCAGCCUCCUCUCUCUUCGGCACUUGCCUGUUUCCAAUGCCUUCCACAGGCACUGCCCCUGCUCUACAAGGUCUGGGCUGAGUCCUGCCCCUGCACACUCACACAGGCUGGGCUGUUCGAUUUGUGUUAAAACCAAUAACAAGGUUACAAAGAAACUUGUCAGGGGAGGGAGGCCUUGGGCUUUAUGUCCCUUCCAGAGAUGCCAGGUGGAUUUUACCAAAAUGCCCAGAGUGGCAAGAUUUAAGUAUCUUCUGGUGAUAGUAUGUCAGUUAACAGGGUGGCCAGAAGCAUUUCCAGUCAUUUCAGCAACUACAGGACCAGUUGUUAAAAUAUUUACGGAACAGAUAAUUCCAAGAUAUGGGAUUGUGGAAGCAAUAGACUCAGAUAGGGGAACUCAUUUUACAGGAAAAAUUCUUCAAGGAGUUAUGACUGUUUUACUGAUACAACGGAACCCCCACAUCCCCAGAAUUCAGGCCAGGUUGAAAGGAUGAAUGGAGAAAUAAACACCUUCUGAAGCUGCUGACAGAAACUAAGAUGCCAUGGAUACAGCUCCUGCCCCUGGCUUUGGCAAGAAUAAGGGCCAGACCCAGGGGAGAUAUUCAAUUAUCUCCCUUUGAAUUGAUAUUUGGAAAUCCUUACCCUUGUAAUUCUCAGCCUAGUGGCAGGGUAGAGAUAAAUUAUGUAUAUUUGAAACAGUAUGUGGUUCAGAUACUGUCUCUUGUGAAAUCUCUUAGACAGGAAGCUCAGCAGGCACAGACCCUGCCUUUGCACUUUGCUGUUCACAACAUCCAGCCAGGAGAUUGGGUCCUAGUUAAGGAGUAGAAAGAAGCACCACUGGUAGUGAAGUGGCGUGGACCUUUCCAGGUGUUGCUAACCACAGAAACAGCCAUCAUGGGUGGACCCAUCACACUGGGGUCAAGGUGUCUAAGGCCCCAGAGAUUUGGACGUCUCAGCUGGAGGAGAAGGACGGGAAGCUGUGACUGACACUCCACAGAAAUGGACCGGAGCAGCAGCCAGUGCAUCAACACUGGGGGAAGCCUCGUGUGCCUACCCACAGACUGGCUGCUGAAAUAGUCUGUGUGAGCAUCCCUCCUCUCAGAUCUCCAGCCAUUGGGGGCCAACCCUUGCUGUCAUUGUUUUCUUUAGGUUCAGCUGUUUCUGUGCCUUCACUCGCCACAGGUGGUGCGGAAGAAAACGUGAAAGUGAAAAUUAAGUUAGGAGAUUAGAUGACACCAUUAGAAUGUUUCUCUUAAUAAUCUUACUUUUAUAUUGCCAUUUAGGUUGGGACCAAAAACAGGAAAAUAAGUUUUUAACCUCAGGAGAAGAAGAAGCAAAAACCUUAACCUUAGCAAUUGUUGGGACUGUGGAGGGCCAGGGGGAUCUGAAAACUGGCCAUGGGUGGCCAGCCCAGUCGAGCCUAAACGGAGGGUUAGCACCCUGAGUGAGGUCCAUAAUGGAACAGGAUUUUGGGAUGAGGAAGGAAGUCCAUGGAGGCUUCAUUCUUCUGAAAUAGGCACUUAUUGUCUAAAUAGAACAGGAAGCACAUACAUGAGAAAAAGUGUUUGUGACUGGACUUUAUCUUUGGGUUUAGAUUAUUGGACCCCCAACUGCCCUCCUUAUGAUUGUUCCAGAUAUCAAGGGAGAUGGACUCAAACGCAUGUUAAACUCACUAAUGGUAGCUGGGUAAAGUGUUCCUACCACAAUUACCAGAAGGAUUUUGAAGGCAGUAAAGAAGUGGGGAAGGGUAAGUUUUUUGACCCCAUAUUUUUAAGCUGACCCUGAGAUAAUUCCACAAGUAAGACACAUGUUGUCCAUGACUAUCAGUGGAAGUUGCAACCCUUUUUUAAUAGGUUCUGGUCCAGAUCUAACAAAACAGAUCUGGGAUGUAACUUCAGGUGAAAACUUCGUGUGGGAGCUUGAAAAUGCAAAUACUGUGAUUCAUAUGGCAGGGCAACUAUUGUUGGGGGACUACUAGGCCCAGGAAGCAAGUUGUAUUUUGACUCCCCAAUUGAUCAUGAAAAUUGGAAAGGUAUAUGAUGAUCUAAUUAGAGAAAAGCGGUCAAUUGAAGUCCCUGGCUGGAGGGGAGCACCCAAAAGUGGGGUGAUGAUGAAUGGCCACCUGAACAAAUCAUACAACACUAUGGACCAGCCACCUGGAAUCCUAAUGAAUUAAUAUCAGGCACCAGAGAACCCAAUUAUAAUUUUAAUUGGAUAAUUAGGUUACAAGCUGUCUUUGAAACAGUAAGCAACCAGACAGCUACAGCUCUUGACCUUCUUGCUGACCAGUCUACUCAGAUGAGAAAUGCAAUAUUACAACACCAGAUGGUCUUAGACUAUUUAUUAGCAGAAGAAGGGGAAGUGUGUGGCAAAUGUAAUGACUCAAACUGCUCUUUGCAAAUAGAUUACAAUGGAAAGGUGGUGAAAGAAAUAGCAAAAGGAAUAAGAAAGUUAGCUCAUAUACCAGUCCAAACAUGGAAAGGAUGGGAAUGGGACAUGUUUUUGUGGUUACCUGAUAGACUAUGGGUUAAACGAAUGCUUUUUUUCCUCUUAUGUGCUGUAGCAACUCUAAUCUUUUUACCAUGCAUGAUCCCUUGCUUAGUACAACUUGUUCAACAUGUGAUCAAAGGAAUGGAGGCAAUAGCCAUGCCUACUGAUCCAGAGAUGGCUACAGGACAGAAGCUGAUGUCACUGCAAAUAAUUGCAAAACCAAAAAAAGACCCAGGAACAAGAAAUUAAGUCAAUGAUAGAUAAAGUUUGUAAAGACAAUUACUAAAAAAAUAAAAGAGGAGGGAUUGAGAUGACUGAAGGAUUUGUUUUUACAAACGAGCUGAGAGUCUGCUGGUAGAUAAGACUAGCACUGAGAGAUAAAAGAAACAAUGGGAUGGAUUCCACUGAUUGAUGAAUAGAAAAAGAUAUUUGCCUUUACAAACAAACUGUAGGUUUGCUGAUAAAUGAAACUGGAUAUUGAAAGAAAUUGGAAGAAGCAAUGGAGAAAACCCAUCAAUUCUAUAAGAAUUAAAAAUUAAAAGAAAGGGUUAUAUAUUAGAGGGGGAUCUUAGGUAUCAGGUGUUCCAGGAAGUCUGUACUUCUUAAGUACCUAAGCCAAUGGGGAAAGAGAGAGGGAAAUGCAGCCGGGAAUAUAGGAUAAAAAGGAGGCCUCAUCCUCCAAAAAUUCGAGAGAUCUCAGGGGAAUGCCCCAUGGCCUCUCCUUUUAUUCGAAUAAAGUUAAAGGACUCCUCUGUCUCCUUUUUGGACAGAAACCUCUGGUGUUUGUGGAUUAAUUUUCCGGACACUGCCUUAUCUUCAAAAUCUGCAGUCUAAUAUAGGGCCAGCUGCAAGUCUUUAUAUUCCCGGGCUCCAGGAGAGGGCAAGCAGGAAGGUAUUGUUCCUACACCCUUACCCCUCCCUGGUCAUUACGGAGCCAGGGUGGAGGAUUUGGGUUUUCUAAUGGGUUCUUCUAUAGUGAGGAGUGCCGAGGCCGGGUGUGAGAGCACAGGAUUGGCUGCCCCUGUGGGGUAGGUGUGGGACCGAGCCGAGGCUGCGGGACAGCCGGGGCUCGGCGCUGGGCAGUGUCCAAAGCCACCAAUCCCGUGGGCAGGGGCUGCAGUGGCCCCUGGCCCCAUGAGGCUAUGGAACGUUCCAUCCGCCAGCCCGUGGCUGUGGCACCGCCGGCUGUGCCCGCCCGUCGGCAGCCGGUGCUUUACAGAGCUUGGGGUGCUGCGAGAGCAGCCCGGGGCCCGGACGGGCGUGCUGGGGCAGUGUCUGGACACUGCGGCUGGACGGGAGCAGCUUUGGUGUGCAGCGCAAGCUACAGCGACCGGCUUUGGGCUGUGGUGCAGAAGACAGUGUGUCACCAAAGCCUGGCCUGAUACAUGAAGGGAUUUUGUUCGGGUCACUGGAGAAAUUAGUGAUUUUGAGCUGUGGGAGAAUGAGUUCCCACACGCAGUAGCAAGAGGGCUAGAAAGAUGUGAAAGAAGGGAUGAGGAAAAGGUAAAGAACAGGCAAGAAUAAUGGCAGUUUUUACAACCCUCGAUGGGAACAAGUGCAGGGAGGCCCAGGACCAAAGGGAAGGGGGCGACCACCACGACAGUGAUUGGGAAGGAAUGAAACAUUAGAAAUGGGUUGUUCAGGGUGUUGGGAUCUGCUAUCGUAAUUCGAAUUUUAUGCCACAGGGGGGAACAAUUGUUCAAAUGUUCUUUUCAUAAGUGGGAAAGAUUGUGCAUUAAUUUGAGUUUUGCCAGAAAAUAAAA